GGAAUUUUCAUGUGGUCGGACGUACAUUUUGUGCGUGAAAAGUACAUCUAUCCACCAACACCCCCAGUGAGAAAGGAGAAAGAAGAAAAAAAAAACGGUGGAGAAUUUGUGUGCAAUUGUGGGGGAUUUCCGUGUGGGAAAAGCAGUCCCAGAAAAUAUCCUAAUUGCAUCCGUGGGUGUGGGUGGAAAAUGUUGAGAAACGAUUUAAAUGGUGCUAAUUUUGGUGUUCAAUGGUGAAAAAAAGAAAGAUGUCGUGAAAAAAUGUAGAUGUAGAAAGUAAUAAUACGAUGGUUACGAAUAUGGCUGACAGAAGAUUCUAUUUCUGUCCAAUUUCUCGUGUCAAGUGCACCAUCUACCAAAUAAUAAAGUAAAUACAAGAAAAAAAAGAUCAUAAAGUGAGUAAAUAGUACGCGUGCAAAUAAUUCGUCGUGGCGGAAGCCAAGUGGCAAAACAAUGUUAAAUUCCAUAGCAGCAAAUAUGUGCAGUGAUUUAAUAGUGCAGUUAUUUUACUCCUAGACAACGUAAAAGGAACACACUAUGGAUUUUAUUGGAGAUGGGCAGCUAAAUUUUGGAUAACGCAAACAGAAAAGGUGUGCGGAAAUGCGCUUAGGGGGCGCCCAAAGUGGCGGAGACCCCCUGGCGAUGGGCGCAGGAAGCGACUAUGCGGAGCUGUGCGAACUCCAACCACCGCGUUGGAGUUCACGAGGCUACCAUUCGGUUCACAGCUCGGGGCAUCCGCAGCAUCCGCCCCCAACGGCUGUAUCCUCGAGUUCCAGUCAUAUUCGCUCAAACAGCUUCGAGGCGGAGGACAUUGUGGGCCCAUAUGGCAGCACAACGUCGCGAAUUGGAAACAGCACGAGUUCUCUGCGUGGUCGCUCCGGAUUGUACUAUUCACCACCGGGAACGUCUUACACGAUAGUGGAGCGCCCUCAUUCACCCCAUUACUACUACAACACAGCCGGAGCACCGCCAAAGGGUGGCUCACUGCCGGGUCGUGGUACAUACUUGGGCUCCUCGUCCACAGGACUGUCAACAGGUGGAGGAGCCGGCACCGUUCCAAAUUCAACACGCCACAACGGCAAGAAGCGACCAAUUUCGCCAGAGCAAGUGAUCCGUCUCUUCGGCACCACGUCCUCGUCAUCCUCUUCUGUGCCCACAUCGAGUCAGUAUUAUAGCAAUGGUACACGUGAUCGUGCUGGUCGUCGAAGUCCAGCCAGCAGUCCUCCAUCGACAACGCAUCAGAUUUAUCGGGAACGAGAUCGAAGUAUUCCAAACAUUCAUGAGCUCUCCACACGAACUGUGACGAUGUCGCGAGAUCAACAGGCUGAGGGUAGCCACGGUUUUGGGAUUUGUGUGAAAGGUGGCAAAGAUUCAGGAAUAGGGGUAUAUAUCUCACGAAUUGAAGAAGGAUCUGUUGCUGAAAGAGCUGGCCUUCGACCAGGCGAUACCAUCCUAGAAGUUAAUGGAACUCCGUUUACUGCAAUAAGUCACGACGAAGCAUUAAAGAAGUGUGUGCAGAUCCUGAAAUCAUCACGUCAGAUAAGCAUGACUGUGCGAUCACCACCUUCACUCACCUCAUCGGCACCUCUGCACGGAUUUGGGCCCCCACCUCGAGAAUCGGGGUAUCCACCGCCAUAUAGGCAAACCUGCUCAUGGAUGGAUCGCCAUGGGAGGCCAGCGUCGCCGCCGAUGGAGUAUGGUGGUCGACGCCACGAGAGACGAGACAGAAUCCGACGUGUGGAAUUGUUGAUUGAACCGGGUCAGUCUCUAGGCCUUAUGAUUCGUGGCGGUGUUGAAUAUGGCUUGGGCAUUUUCAUCACAGGUGUAGACAAAGACAGUGUAGCUGACAGGGCUGGCCUCAUGAUUGGAGAUCAAAUUCUCGAGGUGAAUGGUCAAUCAUUUGUGGAGGUGACGCAUGAUGAGGCUGUAGGUCAGCUGAAGUACCACAAGAGAAUGUCACUGUUGGUUCGUGAUGUGGGAAAAGUGCCACAUUCAUGUACAUCUGUGGAGCCAGAACCGUGGGAUCCGUAUAGUCCGACAGGGACGCGUAGCCGACGAAAAUGUCCAAUAUCGGCCAUGGUGGAGGAAAAAGCGCGCUCCCUUUUGGCUCGCCAUCACUUUGCCAGUCUCUCAUACUAUAUAGCUGAGUAUGGGGCACGUGCAAUGACCAUAGAUGCCUUUGUUUCUGUCCUUCUGGAGAUGCUCGACACCCCUGAGAAGCACACACUUGUCACGGAAAUUCGAGAACUUAUCUUCCCAGAAGACAGAACGAGAUACGAUGAACUCGUCUAUCGGCGAGACGUCUACAGAGAUUCUAUCGAUCGACACAGGCGGAAAACGGAUUUACCACAUUCACAUGAACUCCCGGACUAUAAUUGCGAUGAUCCUACUGUAAGAAGGGGAAGUGGAGUGCAAAUUCCUCGCUCUGAGUACGAACAAGACUCGGAAGAAGAAUUGGCCACAAAGCUGUCCCGGAGUUUCGAUAUGAAGGAGGACAGCGGACUGAUGGGUGACAAAGGUGUCCGCCGACAUCAAUCCAUGCAGCGUCUGUCUCUAGAACAGAAUGGCUCAGGUGAUCCACAGAAUCCGGAUCUCUGUGCCAGUGUUGUACCUGAUCAGCGAGGCAAUUUACACAUAACAGUGAAGAAAUCCAAGCCAAUUCUGGGCAUAGCAAUUGAAGGUGGUGCCAACACGAAACACCCACUUCCGCGGAUCAUCAAUAUCCAUGAGCAUGGGGCGGCAUAUGAGGCUGGUGGACUUGAGGUGGGUCAACUUAUUCUCGAAGUUGAUGGCCAUAAAGUCGAAGGAAUGCAUCAUCAGGAAGUGGCACGACUCAUAGCUGAGUGCUUUGCGAGCAGAGAAAAGCCUGACAUAACUUUUCUUGUGGUGGAGGCCAAAAAGUCCAAUAUGGAACCGAAACCCACAGCACUGAUAUUCUUGGAGGCCUAACAUUUGCUUGCCCUGCCGGCUAGUGAUCCCCGAAAUCCUGAACCACCGCAGGAAGGGAUCGAUCUUACCGCGUACCAGACCGCCAAAUAACUUCUCUCUCUCUCUCUUUUUAGUUUUUGGUUUUUGGAUCUGUAUAAAUCUCCAAUUUACCAACUAUCCUUUCUUCUUCAGAUUCUUCUUUUUGUCCUUUUACCUUGUCUUAUACUGUCCUUAUCUCCACAAUACUAGGAAAAAAAAGAGACCAACCAACAUGCACGAAAGAAAAACUAGAGAAUCUCCACCUGAAAGCUACAUAAAACGUGCAACACACGUUUGGUGAUGAGCGUGAAUUCAAAAAAAAGUAACGGAUUAUAGAGCAUUUUUAAUUGUAGGUGAAUAAAAUGUUAUGAUGUAAUGGGCUUCUCAGUAAAAACAAAAUGAAAUCAGUGAAUGAAAGUUUCACAAAAGACACAUCAGCCUAAAAGAAAACCGAAUGCGUCUGUGCAGAAAAAAGAAUGUAAAUAAUAUUUAAAGUAGAGCUUUUAUGUGUAAUUUACAUUGACUUAAGUAGGUAUUAAACUGCAUUUUCAAUCAGUGAUCUUGUUGGAACGCUUUAAAAUUGCCGUAACUUUUUUUCUUAUUUCUGUAUCUUGCAAAAGUAUUAUGCAAUUUUUCUUAUUGGGCUUCACCCAAAAAUAAGUUUAUAUGUAACUUAUCUUUCAAGAAUUAGGUCCAACGAGAAUUGAAAGAUUUAAGUGUUCACUAUUUAAAAAAAAAUGAACUACAUUGCCAAAGAAAACUUUCAAAAAUAGGCCACGUCCCAAUAAAUCUUGUAUACAAUGAACGAAGAGAUACUGACAAUGAAUGA